CAGCAGCGCCCCCUCCUUGUUCUAAUGCGGAGAGGAAGGGAGGGGAGAAGCCUUUUCAAAUACACAUACAUUUCAAUAUCGCUACUGAAUAUAUAUCCAUACGUCUUUUUUUCUCCAAAGAAUAAUUUGUGCACAUGGUGUGGAUAUUAAAUUCGCGUAUUUAUCAGGCGUAACACGUACGACUCACCAAAGCGAAAGAAAAACGGCAGGAUAAAUCCUAAAAAGAAGCGAAGCGGCCUGUUUUUGUUCCUGAGGCGCAGCUAACUCACGGAGCUUUGUUACACCCGAGCUGAAAUUACUUCGCCAGCAUGCACGGUGAAUAUCUGGUAGCCUAACCCACUGGAAGAUUUAAUGCACAAAAGCGGCCUGUUUUCUGUAUUUGCAGCGGCGGCGGCGCUAUGAAGAGCGGCGGACAAUAACAGAGUGACGGUGCUUGUGUGCUGCUGCUGCUAUGAUGAUCUGAGGCUGAUCGCGUAUAUGCACGACAAGAAUAAUAAACACCUAUGGAAUAGUGCUGCAAAUAAGGACUGCGUUCAUACAAGACAAGACGAGGAGUUCGUUUGUGCUCUGUUUGAAUUUGGUAGUAAUUGGAGGCCCGGUGGGGUGAAGAGCGCCACCAGUGUGUUGUUGAAUAUAAAAAAAGAAUGCAAGCAAUAGUGCAAAUGCAUCACUGAAUGUGUUUUCAAUCGGAUCACCGUGGAUGUGCUUUCAUCCGAUGACGACGAUGAUGGUCUGGCCGUAUUUCGUGCCGUGGAAGAGGGGCAAACGUUAAGAUGGAGUGGUUUUAAUGCAUACGAUGUAAAGACAAGCAUAUCUGCUGAAAUCUCCCUUGCAUUUCACACUCGACGGAUUUUCACGCUCAGGUUCAUCGACAUUGAUGAUACGUGGGCUGCCGGCGGGACUGAAGCCUUGUACUGUCGCUCCUUCUCUUUUUUUUCCUCCCCGAACUGGAUCUCUAGCUCGACACUGCUGAGAUGAACCCGGUGAAUGCGACCACUCUCUACGUGUCAGCUUGUCGGUCGGUGCUGCAGUGCGAUCCCAGGGACCCCCAGGCUUUGGCGGAAAUCUAUAAGCUCUUGCCUUUUUUCAGACAGUCUCUCGCCUGCCUUGUGUGUGGCAAUUUGCUACAAGAUCCAAUCGCCCCUACCAACUCAUCGUGCCAGCACUAUGUCUGUAAAUCAUGUAAAGGUAAAAAGAUGAUGAUGAAACCCUCGUGCAGCUGGUGUAAAGACUAUGAGCAGUUUGAAGAGAAUAAGCAGCUCUGCAUCUUGGUGGACUGCUACAGAAAGCUCUGCGAGUACAUCGCAGACUCUCCUCUCGCCCAACACAUUUCAAGUACUGUGGGAGGGUCCCCAGACAUCUUGGCUCUCUUGAAUGAGGGUCUCUCAUUGGACAACAGACUGGGGGAGGAGUCACUCUCCCUGAGCUUGACAAACAAGUCCCCUACACCCUCAACCUCAGAAACGCUCCACAGUGAGGGACAGUCCCCAUCGACAGAAAUCAAGGAGCAAGACCUCAGUCCUCUAGGGGUGAAUGGUCUCCAGGACUGCAAUGGCUUGACCAACGUGGAGGAGUUGACUGCCAGUUUACCUUCACUAGAGGCCAGUGUUCCAGACGCUGAAAGCGGGGGCGAUGCAGUGAAACAAGAGAGUUUCACAAAUGAGAUCCCUGUGUGCGAGGCAGUGGCAGCUGCUGGCGAGGACCUUUGCACCAGCACCAUGGACAUUUGUGGCUUUGGCGAGGAUAUUAAACAUGAUGGCGGGACUCUCCUCUUGAGUGUAGAGGAAGUGCUCAGGACUCUAGAACCAGACCACGUCGCCCAGGAUGAGUGCCCUGCGAUAUUGCAGUCGACUCUCGAACCUUCGGCGAACAUGAAAGGACCAUUUGUAUCGAUCGACUCUGCUCGGCAGCUUUCCUCUCUCCCGCAAGACUCGCAGGAGGUUCUUUUGCCCCAGCACCCAAUGUCCCAAAAGAAUCCACAACAUUUGGGAAUAUCCUGUUCCGCGGUGACGCCCAGAAUGCCACGGUCCAACCGGAAGCGGUCGCGGUCGGAAAGCGACAGCGAGAAGAUUCAACCCUUACCCAUUUCCACUUUCGUCUGCGGCCCAACGUUGGGCGCUUCCACCCCCGUUCCAGUCAAGUGCGAACCUAAAUCUCCCACUCAGACUAUCCCUCACAUGGCGGCGGUGCCCAACGGUGGUGGCCUUUCUAAAGUGGGCAAGGCGUUACUGGUGCCUGCGAAAACUGUCAAAAAGACCAUUGACAACCAUGGACCCAAAAAGGCAUACACUAAGUCCAAACAGGGCACUCCAAAGUCGAAGGAAAAGACGAAAGAACGGAUUCUCACUAACACCCUCAUUCCCGGGAGCCCCACGAAAGUGGUGUACAAAAAGGCGCAGGAGAAAAAGGGCUGCAAGUGCGGCAGAGCAACUCAAAACCCAAGUGUUCUUACAUGCCGUGGACAGCGAUGCCCCUGUUACUCCAACCGCAAAGCCUGUCUGGACUGCAUAUGCAGGGGUUGCCAGAACUCCUACAUGGCCAAUGGCGAAAAGAAGCUGGAGGCCUUCGCGGUGCCAGAGAAGGCGCUCGAGCAGACAAGACUCACUCUAGGCAUCAACGUCACCAGCAUCGCAGUGCGGAACGCCACCGGUAGCGGAGCCGGUGGGAUGCUUAACGUCUCCACAGCGGCUGGCUCACCUGUGGCCUCCUUCUUGGCUACGGGGCCACACGAAGACAAAGGAUUCGAUGAACCAUUGGACAUGAGGUUUGACUGAGUACCAGAUGAUUCUCCUUUAACAUCACCCUGUAUUCCAAACCGGCUUGCUUUCAGUGUGAUGGCACUGUACCGAGGGGCUGAUGCCAGCAGAGUCCGCGAUAAGGCAGCUACUGUGAUCCUGUUCCAGUUCACACGAUCAAUUAAACUAGUUAUUGCUGAAGCUCGUGCCUUUAAAUCAUUUGUACUAUUCGUUUUGGUUUUCUUGCACACCUUUAGGAGGAGAUACUGUAAGUCGAGAGUAUCUUUUGGGAAAGGUCCUCUUUUUUUUUUUUUACAUUCAAGUACAAGUGAUCUAUAAGGCAUGAUCUUUGGCAAGAUAUACCUGACCUCAUUGUUGUGGGUCACGCUAUGUGCAUAUGUGGAAGAUUUUCAAUUGUAGGUUAGGGGAUGAGACAUGUUAAAUGAGUGGUACCCUACAGCAUCAGUAGAGACUGGUAUUUAUAAACCAUUUUUGUACACAGACUUAAGGAAUUCGAUUUAAAAAGUACAUUUUAUGAUAUAUUUUGUAAGUUGCAUUAACAACAUUUGCAGUAUUUAUUGGGUAUCACUUAACAUAGAUUACGGUCCACCCAGGGCAUCAGCUGGAUACCAUUUCUACAGAUGCAAUUCACACAGAUGCAGUAUGUACGGUUUUCUGUCUAAAUUAUGUUGUUGUCCUGAUUGUGCUAGUUUUUGCUGUCUCAAACUGUUUUUUUUUUUUUCCUUGGGGCAUUUAAAUACCUGUAAUAUAAAUGUAACAUAUUUCCACAAAAAAAGACAAAUCCUAA